GGGGCUGGAACUCGAACGCUGACGUCGGCUCCUGAGCCGGGCGCUGCCUUGCGCCUGAUUGGCGGGUCCUCGGGGCCGCCCUCCCCAGCGCACCACUCCUGGGUUCCCUCCUGGGUCCGCAGUGGAAACACUGCCCUCUCCCUUCUUGACCCCUAGCCCUUCCUCCCCUCCCUCCUUCCCUCCUGUCGCCGUCUUUUCUGGCGCCGCUGCUCCUGGAGGAGCCCCCGACAAGGCGAUGGGUUCUCGGGCCUCCACGUUACUGCGGGACGAAGAGCUCGAGGAGAUCAAGAAGGAGACUGGCUUUUCCCACAGUCAAAUCACUCGCCUCUACAGCCGGUUCACCAGCCUGGACAAAGGAGAGAACGGGACUCUCAGCCGGGAAGAUUUCCAGAGGAUUCCAGAACUUGCCAUCAACCCAUUGGGGGACCGGAUCAUCAAUGCCUUCUUUCCAGAGGGAGAGGACCAGGUAAACUUCCGUGGAUUCAUGCGAACUUUGGCUCAUUUCCGCCCCAUUGAAGAUAAUGAAAAGAGCAAAGAUGUGAAUGGACCCGAACCACUCAACAGCCGGAGCAACAAACUGCACUUUGCUUUUCGACUAUAUGAUUUGGAUAAAGAUGACAAGAUCUCCCGUGAUGAGCUGUUGCAGGUGCUACGCAUGAUGGUCGGAGUAAAUAUUUCAGAUGAGCAGCUGGGCAGCAUCGCAGACAGGACCAUUCAGGAGGCUGAUCAGGAUGGGGACAGUGCCAUAUCUUUCACAGAAUUUGUUAAGGUUUUGGAGAAGGUGGAUGUAGAACAGAAAAUGAGCAUCCGAUUUCUUCACUAAAGGACGGAGACCAAAUUGUUCCUUGAGGUCUAGUAUUUAAGAACUGGAACUUGAAAGUCCUCCUUCCACCAACCCCACCUCUCCCCCAUCAUUCACUUUCUCCCUAAGUACUACUGCUGUUGCAUGACAACCCUGAAUAUGUUCUGUCAACACAAACCUGCCUUUGAUGUACAAACGGGGCAUUACAGAAUGGUACACCCAGUCUA